AUGGCAAAGGGACUUGCGACCUUGGUCGCUAUGUGCAUUGGCGCUUGGAUACUAUCUUCAAAGAGCUUGGCUUUUGCCGCAAGGCCAGCUUCAGGCAUUCGCGCGGCCGCAGUUCCCUCACGCCCUGCUUCAGCAGGGCAGGUUCCUGUUGGACACUCCCUUCCUGGGCAAGGCUGGGGUGGAGUUUUCUCUGGGCAAACGUUGCGUGUUGCAACAGCAAUAGGUGUCGGUGUCGUGCUGCACAAGGGCAAGAACAAGACGACUGAACAUUGCAGUGCCAUGAAAUGUGGUGGCGGCAUUGUCGCAUUGGCAGCAAGCAUGGGGACUAUGUUGGCAGCAGACUAUGCUGCCAAGUAUUUGCUUGGAAAGUCGGCACAGCAUCUUGCUGGAAAGAUGGGCCAGCACGCUGCGACUGCAAGCAUAGCGCAGGUGGCAGCUGCUGCCAAGAAAGGCACGAAGUGGGCGCAAACGGCAUCCAAAAUCAUGACCCAAUCGCGGUUUAUGCGGGACGGAUGGACUGUUAGCAAGAUUCUUGGAGGGGUGGCUUGCUUUGCACCUAGCUGCAACGUCACACGUUUGGUUGAUGGGAGCAGUUCCGUGUGCACGGUCGAAGAGCUACAAGUUGGAGACUCCAUCCUGACUUUGGACGAGAGCUUGAAACCUGUGAUGACAGAGGUGCAUGCGGUUGAGGCGCAUUUGCAUCCUGGUCAUGUCAUGGUUAGCUGUACAGUGCAUGGGCCCGAUUCCGUCAUGAAGCGACUCUCAGCGACUCCAAACCACGAGGUAGUGAAGCGAAGUGAUGGUAAGAUGGUGCCUGUUUGCCUAGGAGAUCUUGAAUGUGGAGAAGAGCUUGUAGGAAAGAUGGGGGAACCCUUGAAAGUGAUGAGCAUUUUCACAUUCUCCAGUGGCUGUGUUUAUGAAGUGGAGACCGGCACAGGGACAAUCUUGGUGAAUGACAUUUUGGCUCGGGCCACAUCGGCUGAUUACAUUGUGGGUGAGCCUCUUUCUCAAGAACUGAUGCUUGAUGGAGUGAAUUCGGGAUGCGUUGCAACCUGCUGCUCCCAAAAGCAGGUCCUGGCAGAUCUUUAG